AUGCCCGACACAAAACGCAUGAGAAAGACUGAUAUUGGUAUCAAGCAACCUGGUACGCCGGAUAUGGGCUUGCAAGCACAGAGUGGCCCACCGGCCCCUCGCGAAAUAUCAUCGACGAAUUCCUCUGAGACCAUCGCGUAUCAGGGACUCCAGCACCUGCACCAUACUAUCAACUUUAUUGGGCUAGCCGUUGGUGUUCUCGCGCUCGUGGUUCUGACUGCACACCAACUUUGCGUGGCCCCUUUGACCAACCGCUUGGACGCAAUAGAAGUAUUGCUUGGCAGUGCUGUGAUCUAUGCCUUUGCUUCUAUUGUGUGGGAUGGAUUGCUCUCCUGGAAACUAGCAUAUCCUGACCCUCAGACGCACCGCAGACUGGCGUUAGCAAUGGUUCCAUUCUGCAUGCUGUGUGUCGCGGUCGGCAUGUUCCUCAUCGGCUGUCUGCUGUGGUAUGCAGAACGGUCGGAGAAUCAAAGUGCGGCCUACUUUCUUGGCUUUCAGUUGGUUGCAUGCUCGUGCCUGGCUGUAGGCUUUACUUUGCAGCUGGUAGCACCCGGGAGGAGGGUGCUCUAG